ACGUGCUCCAUUUGUCCUGCCCUUCUGCCCCAAUCGUCUUUAAGGUACGCUUUUCAUAUUGCCAUGGAUAGCCCGAAGCUUCUUGAUGUAAUGAAUCUUGAGUCUAGUGUUACCCUUUCUACCCUGAGAAAUUUCUUUUCUCGAGAGUACCUGGAUACCCUUCUUUUCCAUAUCUGGGCUCUCCUUCGUAAUGAGAGGAUCAUUCUUCUCGAUCCUCCUCCUUCUGGUUUAAUCGACCCUCAAAAAGGCCGUAGUUUGGUUUUCUUUGUCAAACAGCGCGAAUAUGGCUUAACCUUCCAUUUUUCACCUUUCUUUAUUGAGGUUUUCCGGUACUUCAGAAUAACUCAUUGGAUGCUUGCUCCCAAUUCAAUUCUUUUUAUGGGUUCCUUUGAGUCUGUCAGUCUGAGUUGGGGUAUCUCGCCCACAGCUCGUUUGUUUGUCACCUUCUUCCGGCUGGUCCGGGCGGUUCAAGGUUUUUACUAUUUUGCCCCCCGAGGAGGGUUGUCCAUUUUCUCGGGUCAUAAAGACUCAAUCAAAGGUUGGAUAUAGGGGUUCGCUGUGGCGGAGUUAAAAGGGGAUCCCGAGCUGUCUUGGCAGGUGGACCUCCCUUGGAGGGAGGUUCCUUUGGGUUGUAAUGAUCUCCCCCAGCUGAGCCUCUCUGAACAGAUCGACUUUCUUCAACUGACUUCCGUUGAGUAGAAGUAUAAUGUCGAAAAAUGCAUGUUCGUGUCCAGUCUUCAAGACUGCAAAGACGUGGGUAUUUUACUCUGUUUUAGCUGUCUUAUGUUUUCUUUCUUUUUAAUUUUCAAUAAAUACCUUUCUCACUUGCAUUAAUAUCUAUUUCUUGUAGCUUCUGAGAUUCCCAUGGACAAGAUCAAGCCCCCGAAGAACUUUGUUUUGUCUCGGGAGAGCAUGAGGGCCGCUUUGGAUGCUUUCCGGGCUGGGCGGCCAGUUGCUGAAGUAACUCGAGAGGUCGCCCAGAUCAUUUCUCCUAGGUCGGUGGACCGUACCAUUCCCCCUGCCUCAGUCUCCUCUCGUGCUCCCAGACUGAGCUCCAAGGAUUCUAAGGCUUUCAAAGCUUCCAGCCGCAGCAGGUCCAGCUCUUCUCCCCGAUCUCCCAAAGUCUCUAAAUCCAAAUAGCCCCCUAUCCCGACUUCCCAAGGGCUUAUGGCAAUCAAUGAGUCGGCCGAGGAUGCACAGUUCGUGAGGACUGAGGUCGCUCCUACUUCUGAGGUCGCUCCAGCCGAGGAGGGGGUUCCUAAGGGUGGAAGUGAGGGCCUCCCAGCAGUAGGAGUUGAGGUCGUACCUGUAGUCAAGGACACCUCUAAGGAGGGGACCAAGUCCAAAUCUGUUGUUGCUGCUCCUCACCGGAAGAAGAUCUUGGACGGCAGUGAUGUCAUUUUUACAGGGGCCACGAGUAGCAGGCUCCCUUCUCAGAAGCUCCCACAGUGACUCCAGCUCCGAAGAGGGCUCGUACUUCCAAGCAGCCGGCUCCACCUCUGCCUCCCCUUGAGAAAGCGAAGACUUCUGUGGAGCCGUUGUUUUCUACCCCUGACAAUGAGGUAUUGAACGCGGAGGACAUCACUCACCAGUCUCCAGCCAGCCUUGUUGUAGCGUUAUUGGCGGAGAGGAUGUUCGGUGGGAUUACCAAAGCAUCGGACCCGCGCUUGCUUGCCCUUACUGGCCUUUUGGCCAACUCUACACGGGAGCAGGUGGCGUUCCAUUCUCGGACUCGGGAGGAGCUCGGAGACACAAUUAGGAAGAUGCUCCUUAUGGUGAUGGGUCUCUUUAUGGAGAUUGAUGCAUGUGAUCAGUCUCUUCUGAGCUCGAUGGACCGCCGGAUUGAGGAGGCUCGCCACGAAGAGAACCUUACAGCAACUAGUGAUGCCCAGGGUCAUCUUGCUGCAGCUCAAGAUCAUCUAAAGGCUCUGCAAGAGGAGCUGGCUUGGACUCGGAAUGCUGUCAAGAGGGCUGAUGAGAGGGCGGCUGUAGCGGAGGCUCGUCGCGAGGAAGUUUUGGAGCAGCUGUCCUCCUUAGAGAGUGCUCAUUGCGAGAGGGAUGAGGCCGUGGCCCAACGCGAGGAGGUCUGGUGUCAGUACGAGGCAGCCAAGGCAGAUUAUGACGAAGUCCAAGUCCGAUGUGAGACAGUCAUGGCACAAAGGGACAAGGCCUUGGCUCGGAUUGUGGUCCUCGAGCAGGAGCUUAGCAAACGUACUGAGAGUCUGAAAGACCUAACCUUGGCAGCAGAAGAGUCAAAGCUUCAACAACAACAGCUCUGCCAAGAAGUUACGGCUUUAGAAAGAAGAUGUUCUGCCCUGCUCGAGGAUGCUAAACUUGCUAAGGAUAGGGUCCAGUUGGCGUGUGAGGAGCGCUUGCGAAAGCAGAGAUCGAUCAGGCCUGCCAAAAGUGUUUGCAGGAAUAUAAGUUCUUCGGAGCUAAAAGCUGAGAUCAAGCAGGCUUGUGAAGAUCGUCUUUAACACUAUAAGGAUUCUCUUGAGCUGAAGGCCAAGAUUAAGGAGGCCUGUGAGGCAUGACUUGCGGAUUUCAAGGCUUCUGAUGCGAUGAAGAAUGAAAUAUGGACUAAAGCCUUCUGCAUGUUUGCCACUAGGUUCAAUCAAGGUUUGCAGGAGGCUAGGGAUGAUCCCUCUACCCCUUUGGCUCGCCUCCGAGCUCCUGAGGUAGAUUCUGAUGGCGAGGAGGUGUGCUAUGGGGAGGAGUAUAAUCCUUUGCCUAAAGGGAUUCUUCGUGCAUCAAUCGGACCUUAAAAAGAAAAGGCUAGUUCUAAGGGAGAUGGCGUUGAUCCUCAGGGGGAAGACGAUGGGCCUCUGGGAGGUGAGAUCGUGCCCUUCGUGGGUACUGGGGGACAAGAGUCUGGGGGUGUUGAAAUCCUUGGGAGUAGAUCUGUAGAUGAUAAAAAUGUAAUUACUGAUGUUAGUCCUUUAAGGAUGAUCUUUCCUCCUGUAAUCUUGGAUGAUUAAAUAAUAUAGCAUUUUAUUCCCUUUUAUAUUGGUGUUGCCAUCUUUUCUUUUAUUUUUUAGCGCUUAAUUGUGUGCUGAAUUUUAAUGAAUGAGAGCUUGCCUUCGUUUGUGCUUGUAAAAGUUUUUCUAACUUGACUUAAUUUAAACAAGCUGUUUUAAGCUAUGUGUUCACUCGACAAACUCUCAAGGAACCUUUCUCCCACUGGGCUGAUUCGGACUAAGAGUUUGAUAGCUAGAUAAACUUCUGUUUUGCGAGUUCUUCCAGUCUUGUAAAGGUUUUCUGGGUUUUCAUGUCAUAGUUUUAUCAGUACUAUGAGUUCGGACGUAUAUUGAAAUGUCUCGUUGGGUUUAGGCACUUUAUUUUCUCUAAGUAUAACGUUAUAACUAUCGAAGUGAGUUGGGCCGUGUGCCCCAUUGAGAGAGUGAGCUUGGGUUUUUGAGGUCUUUUCUACUUAGCUGAUUUUAUUUUGU